CACCUGCGUCCCGAGGCCCCGUUAGACAGAGCAGAACGGGCCAGAAGAAGAAGCAAGAUUAAGCUUAUGAAACAAUGGAUGACUGACAAAUAAGAAAUAUUGACUUUACUAUUCCCACGAACAGAGCGUCACAUCACUCUUUGAUUUUUUUUUUGCGCACACAUUUUUUCGCUCGAGAUAUUUUCUCCCUCUUUCUUCGAAAAGAGACAACUUCGAGUUUGGAUUUUUCCCUGAAAAUUUCCAAUUUUGCGAAGGAUUUUAUAAUUAUUUUUUAUUUUUUGAAUUCCCAGAAAAUCCGGUCAUAGAUAAGUUUUUCCCCUCCAGAGAUUUGUGUUGGGGAUGUUGAGCUCUGUGAAGAUGGAAACCCAUGAUCUACCAGAGUGGAAUACUUUCUACAGCGAGGCCAGUGAGAUGUAUUCCUCUCCCAGCACUAUGAACUCUGGUCUGGGCUCCAUGGGCUCCAUGGGCACCAUCAACAGCUACAUCAACCUGAACCCGGCGACCGCCUCCCCUGCAGGUAUGAACAUGGCGUAUCCCAGCUCCAGCCUCAGCAGUUCCCCGCUGGCCUCCAUGGGCUCCGGGCCCAGCCACAUGUCCCUCUCCCCGGUGGCCUCGUCCCUCAGCUCAAGCUCUCUAACCCAGCUGGGCCCCGCUGCUCCCGGCUCCCUGGGCUCCUUGUCCCACUACCAGAACAUGGGCCAGUCCAUGAGCCAACUGGGAUACCCCUCCACUGCAACCCUGAGCCGGGCCGGGCCCAAGGAGAUUCCCCCGAAGCCCUACAGACGCUCCCUGACCCACGCCAAGCCACCGUACUCAUACAUCUCCCUCAUCACCAUGGCGAUCCAGCAGAGCGGCAGCAAGAUGCUCACCCUGAACGAGAUCUACCAGUGGAUCAUGGACCUGUUCCCCUACUACCGUGAGAACCAACAGCGCUGGCAAAACUCCAUCCGCCACUCGCUCUCCUUCAACGACUGCUUUGUGAAGGUGGCUCGCUCGCCAGACAAACCAGGCAAAGGUUCUUACUGGACUCUGCACCCGCAGUCAGGCAACAUGUUUGAGAACGGCUGCUACCUGAGGCGCCAGAAACGCUUCAAGAUCGAGGACAAGAUGGCAAAGAAAGGAGGCAAGAGCCAGGAGGUGAGCUCAGAGAAAGGAGGCCACAAUGGAGAUCACCUGUUGGAGGAUCGCAGCCCCACAGGAGGAUCAGAGGGAGCCGACUCCGCCCACUCAGACAACUCCCACCCAGGCUCUUCAGACGACCAGUCUCAUCCCCGAAACUCCCUGGUUCCACUAGACUGCCCUCCGCUGUCCUCCUCACACCUCCACAGCCCGCCAGUCUCCCUGCCUCCCUCCUCCUCCACCUCAUCAUCCAUCCCUCCAUCCUCCCUGUCCCUCUCCGCCACCUCCUCCACCUCCUCCAACCCGCUCCUCCACUCCCAUUCCUUAGCGGGUAGCACCCACCUCCUGCCCAGCGCCAUGCAGCAGCACAUGGACCUACAGAGUGACGCCCUCAAGUCCCUGGACCCCCACUACAACUUCAACCACCCCUUCUCCAUCACCAACCUCAUGUCGAACGAGCAGAAGAUGGACCUCAAGUCCUACCAGGACCAGGUGAUGGCCUACAACGGCUACGCCGGUGGCUCUCCAGUGGGAGCCAAGCAGAUCUAUGACAGUCCCGGGCCAGCUGCCAUGGACUCAGGUGCUUAUUACCAAACUCUGUACAGUCGCUCGGUGCUCAACGCCUCCUAAUAUGGACAUUCACCCACCCACGCACACACACACACACACCUGUCUAUAGUGAUGAGCCAAGAUGGAGACUUCUCUUUCCCUCUCCCUUUUCUAAAAUGGACACCCAAGCUUCUCUUUAUCUUCCUCUUUCUCUCUCUCUCCCUCUCUGGCUCACGUCCAGUGGCCUUGGAAGAGACUCAUUAAAAUGGCUGCCGAGUUCGAAGGACUAAAAAAUUCUUUUUUCUUUUACUUGCUCUGAACUGGAAGAACCUGGAGAAUUCACAGAAAAAUGAAGCUGGAUGACAGGAAGUCUUAGUGAUGAUGAAGACAUUUGACUCGUCUGUGUGUAAGUCCAUACAGAUGUCAGAUCCCGUCUUUGCCUGUCGCAGGAGCACUGUGUGUGGCAAAAUUGGCUUUGUACAAAAUGUAAAUAGAGCUAAUGUGGGGGGAAGAGGAUAUUUGCAUUUAUUUAUGAAGGGAAUAAAAUUUUAAUAUAUCUUGUAUAGCGCUCUGUCGACCAGUUACAACCCAAAUGUGAGUUGUUGUAGUUUUUUAACCAAAGACAGAGAGAAGGAGGCGAGUUUCAGGUUACUGCUUCAGGCAGGUGUUACUGCAGUGGGAGACAGUUUUUUUUGUUACAGCAUUUCACACUACGUUCUGUCAUUUCUGUCAGAUCAGGCAUCCGUCGAUGUAAAUGUAGCUCAUGAAGUCUGUACUUUCAAAAAAAUUUUUAAAAAAGUUUAGUUUGAUACGGAGAAAAAAAAGCCAUUUCAUCCUCUGGAGCAGAGAGAAAACAGAAGUUAAAAAAAAAAAUCCUCUGCAGCCAGAAGGAAAGAGGCAAAGUAACUGUGGUAAGAAAAAAAAAAACAAAAAAACAAAACAAAAAAAAAAACAAAAAAAGUAUGUUGUGUUUGUUUUUCAUGGCCCCAAAUCAUUUCCUGUUGUUACCUAUAUGAGAGCAUUAAAACGAAAUGCUUUUCCACAGACUGUAACAUUUAGAAUAACAGAUAGUUGGUCAGGUGCAUGGGGGAGCUCUGUCAGUUACUAAGACAGAGGAAGGGAGGAGAGAUGCACUAUGGGAGGAUUUACAUACAGUACUUUGCACUAUGGAGCUCCCACUGGUCAGGCGGGCUGAUAGUGUGUGUGUUUGUGUGUGUAUGUGUUACAACAAUACCUAGGGACGUCCCCUUACACUGUCAGUGUAACAACGUUAAAGGGUGUCAAAUAACCCUCGCUGUCCAAAAAGUUGAUAAGAGAUCGAUGUAUCAAUGAUCUAUUGAAGGAUUAUUCUGAUGAACAGCAGAGGACGCAGAGGUUUCAGGUCACAUGAUGUCCUUCGUGGAGCAUAUUGUAGUUUCAAAGAGAAAUGUUUUAUUUAAGCUAUGUUCCUUUUCAAACUCUGAAAGCGUGCUGAUAUAAUAUAUUGUGUUCUGUUGUUGGUUUAGAUGUGAUUAAAAUGAUUCGUGUUUCAUUUUUCUUAUUAAAAAGGCAAAAAAUG